ACACGGACUGUUUUUGUGUAGCACACCAGAACACGGAAGUGAAGCGCUGUUCUGUGUCUGUUGAUGUUUUCGUCUUCGCACCGGGCAGAGAAGUUAAUAUUUGGGACAUAAUGGCGGUGAGCGCCGUCCACCUGGAGUCAGACGCCUUCCUGGUGUGUAUGAAUCACGCGCUCAGCACAGAGAAAGAGGAGGUGAUGGGUUUGUGCAUCGGAGAGGUGGAGACCACCCGGAUCGUCCACAUCCACUCCGUCAUCAUCCUCCGCCGCUCGGACAAGAGGAAGGACCGGGUGGAGAUCUCCCCGGAGCAGCUGUCAGCAGCCUCCACGGAGGCGGAGAGGCUGGCCGACAUGACCGGCAGGCCGAUGCGGGUGGUCGGCUGGUACCACUCCCACCCGCACAUCACCGUGUGGCCCUCCCACGUCGACGUGAGGACCCAGGCGAUGUACCAGAUGCUGGACCAGUGCUUCGUGGGCCUCAUCUUCUCCUGCUUCAUCGAGGACAAAAACACCAAAACGGGCCGGGUGCUGUACACCUGCUUCCAGUCCGCGCAGGCGCAGAAGGGCUCCGAGUACGAGCGGGUGGAGAUCCCCAUCCACGUCGUGCCCCGGGAGGCCAUCGGUAAGGUGUGCUUAGAGUCGGCCGUGGAGCUGCCGCGCAUCCUGUGUCAGGAGGAGCAAGACACGUACCGGAAGAUCCACAGCCUGGCGCACCUGGACCCCGUCACCAAGAUCCACAACGGCUCGGUGUUCACCAAGAACCUGUGCAGCCAGAUGUCGGCGGUGAGCGGGCCGCUGCUGCAGUGGCUGGAGGACCGGCUGGAGCAGAACAAGCAGAGCAUCGUGGAGCUGCAGCAGGAGAAGGAGAGGCUGCUGCAGGAGCUGGCUGCUCUGUGAGCCGGGGGACACCGAGGGUGGAGAAGGACGGUGUGGAGGACACCAUCAGUUCUUCUUCUGUUGUUUGACUAAAGAAACGAUCUGCUGUUUUUCCUGUUGGCUUCUUCACCAUUUUCUCGCCUUCCAUGGGCGUACAACAGUGUCACUAAGUUUUGGCAUUGAAAACAAAAUUUGGCAUUGAAAAAGAAAAUAUUGGCCCAAAUAAAGUAUUUUAUUUUCAUA